AUGCCCUCUGAUUCUUUCAAGGACUACUAUGCUGAUCUCGGGCUCGAACUUGGGGCUUCGGCUGGAGCCAUUAGGAAGGCGUUCCAGGAUCUUGCUAAGAAACACCAUCCAGACAAAUCAGGUAUAGCAGACGCCACGGUCUUCCGCCGCGUCCGCGAAGCUUUUGAGAAGCUUUCAGAUCCAGAGUAUCGUGCUCAAUACGAUCGCUCCUACUGGCGCAGGAAGUUUCAGACCGACGACAUUCCGACUGAGGAAGAGAACCGCAGUGCAGGCGAAGAAAACUUUGGUGACACACGUAAUACAAGUCAUGGCGCUGAGACUCAAGAAGCCCGUAGCGCAAGUCCACCGCCUGUCAAGCCGCAACGCAAGCCCAACGAGCCAAGUUGGCAGUACUUCUUGGGCAAGGCCUAUACCACAUGGCAGAAGGAGGAGGCCGCUUACCGUGUGAGACACCCUGAAGUGUACGAGAGUCCGCUCAGCAGUGACCCACCUACUCCCAAGCCUGGAGGUAUGGCACAUGGCAUGGUCGUUCUGAUGUCUCACCCCUGCGUCCAACAGAGCUGCAUCUACAAGAGCACAGCGUGGCGCCUUCAGACCGGCGGCGGAGACCAUUGCGUAUUCUGCAUGGCCGUUCACACCGGGGGUAGGAGAUGUCCUGGCUGUGAGGUGCUGGCAUGUAAGGUUUGUCUCGAGAAGGUUCGCGCAUUGAAACGGAGCCCUUUUGAAGGAUUGAGAUCGAAGGCGCAGUACUGCUCGUCCGGUGGUUGA